AUGGCGGUCCUGACUCACCUGGGGAUUCUUCCUCCUCAUCUACUGGCAGCCCUGCUGAAGUAUCCAAUAGUGGAUCUCACGGUGGUGCGGAAGCUGGGCCUCGCAGUCGCACGCCGCGCGGCAGGCUUAGCAGAUCAGGGCGGACCCUGUCCCGGGCAGGAGCCGGCGCCUACUGGGACACGCGCCGAUGUUGCCUUGUUGCACCUGAGGGGCAUUUCGUUACAACUUGGCGGUUUCUGGCCGUUCCAGUUGGACAACGAGGACGGGCUUGGCUUGGAGGAUGACGUCGAGACUGCUUUGGAUGCGGCUCCCUCUAUGACAUCCAUUUCUGGGCUUGUUCUUGUCCCUAACUACGUUCCCGAGCAUGUUCUUUGCUCCAUUGCCGUACCCGGGACGGCCCAUGACAUGGAAGAGGCGUUACAGACAGCUAGGCGCACGCCAGCCUUUUUGCGCUUCCCUUUCGUGAGUCAUGUCCAACCACAACCCCUCCUUGGUCGUGCUGUUUUUGUUGCCGAUCCACGGUGGAGUACCACGGAUACCACUAUCUGCAUUAAUUCCACGGAGGUUGAUGGCAGGCUCUUUGCACUAUGCGUCCCUGCGUAUGUGACACGAGCUCAGCUAUUGUUUUUGGCUGAGUUCCGUGGUUUCCAUGAUUUGGAUAUGUACGUUGGACAUGACGAUGUACCCCUGCCCGAUGGGGUCUAUGUGCAUGUGUCUAGUGGUUUGCAAGUGGCGUUCGUGCACUCUGGGGCAGGACGGACUGAUUUCGGUACCCUUUCUGAUCUCCUUUUGUCCCAUGAGUUCUGGGGUUACGUACCGCCUCUUCCUACGCCGCUCUUUUCAAGGGCGUACUGUUUGGUUCGGCCGGAAGGGUGCUACCUGCACGUCGAAGACUUUGGUAACCCCCGUUGGUUUCGGAGAAGCAUUGCUGCUGUCCUCGGCAUAUCGGAAGAGACGUUUGAGCUUUUCCCGGCCUCUUCUCCCAUCAACGAUGUGGAAAUUGUAGGGGUUCCCUGCCCCCAUGUUGUCGCGGUGUGGGAUGUCAGUCGUGAGGGCACCCAUCCACGCUCGACGUGCUGCAUUCUCGACUGUCGAGCCAUACAGUCGGGCUUGCGUUCCCUGCCGCUUACUUUGUGUCGGCUCGAUGUUGCCUUGAUACACUGUCAGCUGCAAUCAACAUCUCCACCAGGGUGGCAGGUCCGGAUUGAGGGUUGCCGGGCUGAGGAUGAUUUUGUCUCCUGCUUCCCUGGGCAGGUUCUUGCGGUCGACUAUGCUGCGAGCACUGACAUGCCGAGUGGGCAAGGUAUCCACGAUGAUGACGAAGGGCCUACCCCGCCGAGUGGAGGUACUGGCGAGGCUCCGAUGGACCCUGACGAUGGCAGUGGGCAUGGCCCUUCUGAUGGCAGCGCGUCGCCGGGCGACGACCUGGGGACUGAUGGGGAGCUUGACAGUGCUGGUGCGGCUAUAGCGUUCCUUGUCCUUGCUGCCGAUUGUGCCCCCGAAACCGGGGCUGUCGAUGUGUCUUUCCCCUGCUCCUUGCCCUCUGUGAAUGCUGCCAUCACUGCCGCUCGUGAGGUUGAGCUAUGGAAUCGCUUUCCCUGUCUCGUGCCUGUCACUCCCCAGCCGGACUUUGACUGGGCCUAUUUCAUUGCCCGGCCCAUGUGGCAGUCCAGUGGGGUCUUCGUUGUUGUGGAUGCUCGGAGUGUGGAUGGCCGAAUUUUUGCUGUCGACUUGCCUCCCGUUGUCUCGCGCGGGGCUGUUUUGAUAGUCGCGGGUCUUUCCGAACGGCCCUUUCUUGAAAUGUACGUGCGGGAUGUCCCUUGGCCGCUCCCUGAUGACUACGACGUGCAUCUCACUGACGGCGAUCUCAUCCUGCUUUGCCCUCCGCAGAGUGGGGUCUCCGUUCUGACUACCCUUGAGGACCGCCUGCAAAGCGCUGAAGGAUGGCAGCCUGUCGGUGCUGUCGUUGGGACACCUGAGCCCGGCGUUGGCGAUGUUUGGGCCUUCGGCGACUUCGGUUCCAGUUGGGUUCAUGGUGACCCUGUCCCGCGUGAGAACCUUGCUGCGUUGUGUGAUGCUGAUCCUAGUACCUUACGCGUGGUGACUUCCCGGCCAGUCGUGCCUGAUUAUGCCCGCCGCGGAUUGCACUCUAGCUCUGUGCUUGUCAGCAUUUCCCUAGCCUGGCGUGACGAUGGUUAUUCCCCUCACGAUCCAGUUUACUUUCUUGAUCAGAGGGCAUUGUUACUGGGCGUGACUUGGGGUAUUGCCGCCCGCGGAUAUGUUGACAUCGCCAUGCAUUGGCGGAGACUUAACCUCCGGUGUCCGGUCGGUUAUGUCUUGUGCAUUAGGGGAGGUCGCCCUCAGCAGGCCCCUUGGGAUGCUUUUCGAGCCGUCCGGGAUGGGGAGGUUCUCACCGUCGAUCUCUUUCCAGGAGAUGCUCCUCCUCCACCACGUGUCGGCAUUGAUGAUGGCGACUAUGAUGGGGAUGCCCGCGGGGAAGGUGUUGUCCCUUCCGACUCCCGUUGUCGCGCCAAUGAGGGCUGGCGCGAACCUUUCUUCUUGGCCGCUACGUUGUUGGAGACCCUUUUCGAUCACUUUCAGGGGGGUGUCGCCAAUGCCGCUGCUGUGGCCUUGACCCCUUUUCAGUCCCAGGCCGAUAGCUUGUAUGACGUUCUUCCUCCCUGUCUCCCUCUACGGAGUUAUGAUGCUGUCUUUGACUGGCUCGAUGAUGAUCUGCGGGGCCUGCUUCGGGACUCUGCGGUGCCUGCAGGCAAACGUACGCUCUUUGAGGUCUUGGGAGAACACGAGGGAUAUCAUGCCUGGAGGACGAUGAACACUUUGUCGGCGCCCUUGACGACACCGCCCUUGUUUGCAAGCAACUUGCUGUCGCGUGGGGUCUUGGGUGGUGGAGCACACUCCGGGCACCCUGCCAAUGAGUUGUGUGACGAAUUGGCUAAGCGCUCUCGACGCUGUGAGUCCGCCCGCAGCGGGGAUCUUCUCCCGCCGUGGCCACACCUUUUGUAUUUGCACCCGCUCCGGGCUUGGGCGUGGCUUCCUCGGACGGGUACCCGUGACCUUCCGACCCUGUUCGCGUUCGAAGCUGAGGCGUCUCGCAUGCAAGGGCUUGAUCUUGUUGGUGACUUUCCUCCUCAACUGGGCCGGCAGGCCUCGCAAGUCCGCGGUGGCAAUGUCGAUCUUUGCGUCUGCUUUGUCACAGCCAAUGUUUUGACACUCCUGGACCCCGGUCAGGGUGUGCGAGGGGCUGAUGACAGGCGACCUGGUCUUAGGGUCGUCGCCAAGCGGGAGGUCCUUAAACGCCAGUUCGUUGCUGCGGGUGCUUUGCUCAUCGGUUUACAGGAAACUAGGUUGCGUGAUGCUGCUACACUGCCAGACGGGCAGUUUGUUAUGCUGCAUGCGCCUGCUGAUGAUAACGGCCACCAUGGAAUGGCCCUGUGGGUGAGCAAGGAUGUUCCGUACGCUUAUCACCACGGAAGACCCCUUUGCUUUCAGCUGUGCCACAUGACGGUCGUCCUGAGUGAUUCACGUUUGCUGAUUGUGCAGAUCUGUGCCCCACAUUUGUCUUGGACUGUGGUUGUCGCCCACGCCCCUUCUGAAAUCACGCACCCUACCGGUGAGUCCACUACCUUUUGGCGCAAAUGCCGACAGGUUUUAAGGCGUCAGCCGGCGCGUUCUGAGGUGAUCCUUCUUGCUGAUGCCAACACUAGAGUUGGCGGGCUCCAGUCGGAAUCCAUAGGGGAUUGCGAUCUUGACGAGGAGUCAUGGAGCGGUCAGGCACUGCACCAGUUUGCUGUAGACGAACAGCUGUGGCUACCCUCGACUUUUUCGUCCUGCCACAACGGGCCGAGUCCGACUUGGGUUUCGCCCAGUGGCCAGGCGUUCCGUAUCGAUUACAUCGGGGUGCCGCUUGCAUGGAAGGGGUCAGAUGUUCGCACAUGGGUUUGGAUGGAUUUCGAAUCCCUGCAGGUUCGGGAUGACCAUUACCCGCUUGUGCUUCAGGCCAGUUUCCGCUGCGAAGCUAGUGUGGCGGGGGUCGGCUACAAGCGCGUUGCUGUGCGUCCCCCCCGUGAUGCCCCCAGUGAUGCGGUUACUGCCUUUUCUCGCACCAUGUCUGAUGUGGUGUGUCAGCCUCAAGUUUCAUGGGAUACCGGGGUCGACUCUCACUAUGGUCACCUAGUUGGUGUUUGGAGCCGCGAAGGGAAACGCCUCUGUGAGCGUCCUGGCUCUGUUGCCAGACAGACAUAUCUCUCCGGCGUGACACUCCGAGUCGUGGAAUGGAGGAAAGCAUGGCGCCGCAGGCUUCGUGCCCUUAAGGGUCUGCAGUCGCUCCGUCGCCUUGCUGCUUGCUUCCUCGCAUGGCUGUGCUGCAGCGGGGUCUUUGUGCCCGGUCCAGUCAAUGGUGAUGCGCUUUGGAUUUGGGCCUGCCACUUUGACCUUGAUAUUGCCCAGGCAGCUAUGCUGGUUUAUCGGCUUGGUCGGGUGGUCAAAGGAGCUGCCAAGGCUGAUAGAGUUGCGUACCUCGGUCACCUGGUCGAGGCGGCGAGGCCUUCUCGUCGCCCGCUGAUCAGUCCACUCCCUGCGGUCCUACUGGACGAUGGGACUAUGGCUUCCAGCACUGCCGAUCGUUUUGAGCAGUGGCGGUCGCACUUUGCGGCGCAGGAGGCUGGGGAGCUUAUUCAGGCACAAGACUACGUUCCUGCCUUGCGUUCUCAGAAGCAGACGUGCACACCCCGGCAUCCUGUGUUUAGCAUCGAAUGUGUGCCCACGCUGGCUGCAGUGGAACAGACACUCUGUGGUCUUCCAUUCGGUAAGGCAGCUGGCUACGACGGCGUCACGGCCGAGCUUCUGCGCGUGAAUGUUCCCACGUCGGCGCGCUUGCUUGCGCCCUUGUAUGUUAAGUCUGCCCUCGGCCUCUACGAGCCUGUUGAAUUCCGGGGCGGGGCGCUUGUUCCGUUGGCCAAACGAGCAAUUGCCUUGGUUGCACGGACGUUCAGGGACAUCAUGUCCGGACGACGCCAUGCUUGGGCACUUACGUUCUUUGAUGUACGGGCUGCUUACUACCGGGUUAUACGACAAAUCCUCCUCGAGGCCAUCGCUGACAGCGGCCUCUCUACUCCGAUGCCAGAGUGUGACGGCCCCUGCUUGUGGCCAGAUCGCGACCCAGCUGCGUCUGUUGGUUGUGGGUCGUGGGCUGAUGACUUUGUCCAUAUGACCUCGCAGGAAUGCCGUUUGACACUCACCAGCCGGGUUGUGCGAACUGUCGAGACAUUUGUUGCGCAGGCUGAGUCUGUGGGCAUCCAGUUGACCUUCGCCCCCGACAAAACGGCAACUAUGCUGUCACAUGCGGAGGACCAACAGCCGUGCGUUAUGUCUGACGCUGAGGGUCGCUUUCUGCGUGUUCACAGCAGUGUUACCGGUACUGUUCAUCGGCUCCCUGUGGUCGACGCGUAUAAGCACUUAGGUGGGAUUGUCACGACGUCUGGUACCCCUUCUCCCGAGAUUGGUUAUCGGCACUCCCUUGCCAUGCUUGUGAUACGACCUCUUCGGACCCGCCUGUUUUCAUUUUACAGCAUCCCGCUGACCGUGCGCCGCCACUUACUGCGCUCCCUGGCUAUCUCGCGGUACAUUUUCGGCAGCGCGGCCUUGUCCCUGCACACUGCCAUGCACCGCAGAUUGUGGGCCAAGCACUAUGUGGCUUUGUGGCGUCAUCUGUGGCGCCGCAACAAGGGAGAACACUAUCGGCACUGUUAUUCAGUUCUCGGGCUUUCCGGUGCUCCUACGCCACCUUCGGCGCUCGCCCUCUCGCGUGCUGUGUUGUUGCGACAGGUUUCUAUUGCCGGGCCUGUCACCUUACUCCAGCUUCUUCAUGUGCAGUGGCAGGAGACUCCUAAGGUCGCCUGGCUUGGGGAAAUUCGCCGAGACAUCCAGCACGUAGCCCAGUACGCGCAAGCGGCUAGGACACUGCUCGGCACUCGUGAUGCUGUCCGAUCGUUGGUCGAGGCGCUGCAGGAUGACCCGGACUGGUGGGUUCGACAGGUCAAGAACGCUUGCAAGACCUCUGUUACCGAUAUGGUGAGCUGUGCGCCGCCGCCAUCGUCUGCCAUGGAUGGAUGCCGCGGAGCAAGACCGCCCGAUGCUGCAGCUACCAGGGCGCAAGUUCACGGUGUCCCUAGGAAGGCGCAUGCAUGCCCCUGGUGCGAAGCUUCCUUUGAUAUGAGGAAGCACCUAGGUGCUUUCGCACGAUUGCUCGGCACCAGUCGCAUCUCAAACACAAUGAUGAAUGUCAGGGAGGUCGAAGGCACCGAGGCCAGGCAGGCCAAGAGCCUGCGCAGGGGCGCAUGGGACGCUUUUACAGCGGCCCUACCCACUCUUCAGAGCCAUGGCCACAAGACCCUCACCACGGCCGAGCGCAUCGACCUUCUUGGGGAGGACCUCGAUUUGGGUCUCCUCUCCCGCCUCUUCCGUCCCGACCCCACCUUCUUGGCAUGGGUUUCAUCCUUCAUCCAGAGCAGAUCCAAGGAUGGCCCUAGAGGCUAUGCAGCCGCGUUCUGGGACAAUAGGACGCGCCGCUUGACGGCUCUGAAGUCUGCAGAAGAAGAAG